AUGGAUCGUGCCAAGUCAGCUGUCAGUGAUUUUCUCUCUAAGGAUGGAAAAAAAGAUACCACUGUCCACGAGACUGUCAACCCAGCCGUUCAAAAUGAAACCAUAACCAAGACACGUCACGAAGACGCAACAACUGCUGUCGACCGUGAAGUUCACCAAGAUCACCACCACACUUCCGUCCAACCUAUCCAAGAUCGUGAAGUACUCCCAGAACAACACGCCCACCAACUCGGAGCUGUCGAGCACCGCAACAUUCAGCAUGGAAACGACUCUCACGUUCAAGAGCGUCUCGCCGCCGAGCAAGCUCAAUUCAAGAACACCAAAACUGAACGAGAGACCCAACACACUGCCUCCCAAGGUGCUACGGUUGCUGGGGAGCAUGUCCACCACCACGUUCAUGAGACUAUCCAGCCAGUCAUUCAAAAGGAGACUGUCCAACCAUCCGUCGUCCACACCACCAUCCCAGUUCACGAAGUUCACCAAAACGAGGCCAAGCAUCACUCAGCAACUGCUCUCCCUGCCGUCAGCAUGAAUGAGUUCAGACAACAAGGAGGUGCUCUCGGAGGACGUAAGGAACGCACCGAUGCUUUCGCAGGCGAGCCAAAGUCCGUUGGUGGCACCCUUGGAGGUGCUGGUGCCAGAGGUACUACUUCUUUGACCGAGGAAGAUGGUGUGAGACACGGAAACAACCACAGCUCCCACACUGGUACAAGAACUGGCUCCCACACUGGUACGAGCAAUGGCGCUACUGGUGCUGGUAUUGGCUCAUCCACCGCUGGCAAUACCCACCACAACACCUCUAACACUUCUAACACUUCCUCCACCACCGGAACCAACAGCAAGCCUAGCUUGAUGGAUAAAAUCAACCCAAUGGUUGAUGCUAAUGGUGAUGGAAAGGCUGGUUUCAUGAAGUAG